AUGGACGUGGACGUACACGUGGACGUGGACGUGGACAUGGACGUGGACGUGGACGUGGACGUGGACGUAGACGUGGACGUGGACGUGGACGUAGACAUGGACGUGGACAUGGACGUGGACUUGGACGUGGACGUGGACGUGGACGUGGACGUGGACAUGGACGUGGACGUGGACGUGGACGUGGACAUGGACGUGGACGUGGACGUCAACGUGGACGUGGACUUGGACGUGGACAUGGACGUGGACGUGGACGUGGACGUGGACGUGGACGUGGACAUGGACGUGGACAUGGACGUGGACAUGGACGUGGACGUGGACGUGGACGUGGACGUGGACAUGGACGUGGACGUGGACGUGGACGUGGACAUGGACGUGGACGUGGACGUGGACGUGGACGUGGACGUGGACGUGGACGUGGACAUGGACGUGGACGUGGACGUGGACGUGGACGUGGACGUGGACAUGGACGUGGACGUGGACGUGGACAGGGACGUGGACGUGGACGUAGACGUGGACGUGGACAUGGACGUGGACGUAGACAUGGACAUGGACGUGGACGUGGACGUGGACGUGGACGUCGACGUGGACGUGGACGUGGACGUGGACGUGGACAGGGACGUGGACGUGGACGUAGACGUGGACGUGGACAUGGACGUGGACGUAGACAUGGACAUGGACGUGGACGUGGACGUGGACGUGGACGUCGACGUCGACGUGGACUUCGACGUCGACGUCGACGUCGACGUGGACGUGGACGUGGACGUGGACGUAGACGUGGACGUGGACGUGGACGACGUGGACGUGGACGUGGACGUGGACGUGGACAUAGACGUGGACGUGGACGUGGACGUGGACGUGGACGUGGACGUCGACGUGGACGUGGACGUGGACGUCGACGUGGACGUGGACGUGGACGUGGACGUGGACGUAGACGUGGACGUGGACGUGGACGUGUGGACUUGGACGUAG